GCGGAGCCCGCGGUGAUUGGGCACGGGAGCGGGGGCCCAGUAGGAGCCGAGUCGCUGGGCCAGGCUGGUUUCACUUCGCUCCCCGCAGGCACUGGGUCACCAGCUGUUUGGAGCUCUGCGGUCCUUGCCGCCUUCGCCGUCACCGGAUUUCUGCAGCCGCUCUGCGAACUGUGCCCCACUUGCAUCUGCACAACCUCUGCCGCUCCCCGCCGCCACCUCCUCGGCGCCCUUCCCCGGCCCUCGUCCCCCAAUGUCUGACUCUGAUUCUCGGACUGAGAAACGCAAGAAAAAAAGACCAAAUGGCCAAGCAACCUUCUGAUGUAAGUUCUGAGUGUGACAGAGAAGGUGGACAAUUGCAGCCUGCUGAGAGGCCUCCCCAGCUUAGGCCUGGGGCCCCUACCUCCCUACAGACAGAACCGCAAGGUAAUCCCGACGGAGGCGGCGAAGGGGACCGCUGCCCCCACGGCAGCCCUCAGGGCCCGCUGGCCCCACCGGCCAGCCCUGGGCCUUUUGCUACCAGAUCCCCACUUUUCAUCUUUGUGAGAAGAUCUUCUCUGCUGUCCCGGUCCUCCAGUGGGUAUUUCUCUUUUGACACAGACAGGAGUCCGGCACCCAUGAGUUGUGACAAGUCAACACAAACCCCAAGUCCUCCUUGCCAGGCCUUCAACCAUUAUCUCAGUGCGAUGGCUUCCAUAAGGCAGUCUCAGGAGGAACCUGCAGACGUUCGCCCUGAGAUACGGAUUGCACAGGAACUUCGGCGGAUUGGAGACGAGUUCAAUGAGUCCUACACGAGGAGGGCUGAAGACCACCCUCACCACCCUCAAAUGGUUAUCUUACAACUGUUACGUUUCUUCAUCCGUCUAGUAUGGAGAAGGCAUUGACAGGAUCUUCAUGCAGCCAAGGAUACAUGUGGACAUUGCUCUUGUUCAGACCGCCAGAACCCCAGCACUUCAGUCUCCUGGUGCCGUGAAGAUGCAGCGGCCGCCGCUGGUGCCGCCGGUGACCGUGGCUCUGUCCCAGAGAGGUGCUGAGGGCGGACGACACACUGGACACACCGCACUGUGUCGACGUGAACUUAACCUUUCUGUUCCUCACCACAUGGCAGAAUUUCCAACAGACGUUCGUUGUGAAUGUAAACGAGGGAGGGCUCUUCUCUUUUUAAUGUACAGAUUCUGGGUCUUUUGGCAUCGAGUCAAAUGCAAGAGAGGUGUUUACAUGUG